GGAGUUAUUGCGCGUGAGAGCGGGUACUGUGAACUGCGUUACCAUGCUACAGCCCUAAUAACCGCACACUCGGAAGCCAAACGUGCUACACAGAUUGACCUUAUCUUGUUUACAAAGAUAACUGAACAGACUGCUACGUAGAAAGACUCAUGAGUUGGCGGUGCGGAUUUCAGAGACAUUAUGGAUUUGACUAAGAUGGGUAUGAUCCAGCUCCAGAAUCCCAAUCACCCCAGUGCCUUGCUGCACAAGGCGAAUCAGAUGCGCCUGGCUGGCACGCUGUGCGAUGUAGUCAUCAUGGUGGACAGCCAGGAGUUCCAUGCACACAGGACAGUGCUGGCCUGCACCAGCAAGAUGUUUGAGAUCCUCUUUCACCGAAACAGCCAGCAUUACACUCUGGACUUUCUCUCACCAAAGACCUUCCAGCAGAUUCUGGAGUAUGCCUACACUGCCACACUCCAAGCUAAAGUGGAGGAUCUGGAUGACCUGCUGUACGCAGCAGAGAUAUUAGAAAUAGAGUACUUGGAGGAACAAUGCCUGAAGAUACUGGAGACCAUCCAGUCCUCUGAUGAAAAUGACACUGAGGUUAACAUGAACGAUGGUGGCACAGAAGAUGAUGACGAGCGCAAGGGAAGGCAUGGGAGAAACCAAGCAGGUUCGAAAAAGCAUUCCAUGGAAGAGGGCAGCUACAUAUUGGCUGCCCAGCAAGCACUGGCACUGCCCGGAAUGGUGGAUCAGAGUCCAUCUGUCUCCACCUCAUUCAGCCUCUCCACCAUGAGCCCAACCAAAGCAGCUGUGGACAGCCUAAUGAGUAUUGGCCAAUCCCUCCUGCAGAGCGGCUUGCACCCUGGUUUGGGCUCUGAACAUCCCCUACAUGGCAAUUCGCACCCCAUGAUGGGAGAGAUCAAGACGGAGAUGAUGCAAGUUGAUGAUCAUGCAGACCACGAGAGCACCAACACAAUGGACCCCAACACCUCCAGCAAUGGAGAGCGCAGCGGAGAACCUGACAAGAACCGUGACGGGCCUGGCACCCCUACCAGGAGCAGUGUGAUCACCAGUGCCCGUGAGCUCCACUACGUCAGGGAUGAAGGUGUGGGGGACCAGCAGGUAGAGGUCAGCCAGAUGGGGCUGGAGGCCAUGGCAGGGAUGAAUGAGAAACACUUGGCAUCGCUGUACGGCUUACCCACAAACCAUAAGAAUGAAGCGAUGCUCUCUAUGCCAGCUUCUAUGGCCUCAACUUUACACAUGUCUCCAGCCCUGGCCAUGUCCAUGGACUUCAGUGCCUAUGGGGGCUUGCUGCCUCAGAGCUUCAUCCAGAGGGAGUUCUUCAGCAAGCUUGGUGAGCUAGCUGCUGGAAUGAAGUCUGACGGCCGCAACCAAAACGAGCGCUGCAAUGUGUGCGGUGCUGAACUGCCUGACAAUGAGGCCAUAGAGCAACACAGGAAGCUACACAGCGGAAUGAAGACCUACGGGUGCGAGCUUUGUGGCAAACGCUUCCUAGACAGUCUGCGCCUGAGGAUGCACUUGUUGUCUCAUUCAGCUGGUGAGAAAGCCAUCGUCUGUGACCAGUGUGGAGCUCAGUUUCAGAAGGAAGACGCUCUAGAGGCCCACCGUCAGAUCCACACAGGAUCAGAUAUGGCCAUCUUCUGUUUGCUCUGCGGGAAGCGAUUCCAGACACAGACGGCUCUGCAGCAGCAUAUGGAGGUUCACGCAGGCGUGCGCAGCUACAUCUGCAGCGAGUGCAACCGCACGUUUCCCAGCCACACCGCACUCAAACGGCAUCUCCGCUCACAUACAGCAGGUGACCACCCGUUUGAAUGCGAGUUCUGCGGCAGCUGCUUCCGAGACGAGAGCACACUGAAGGGACACAAGCGCAUCCACACCGGAGAGAAGCCCUAUGAAUGUAAUGGCUGUGGCAAGAAGUUUAGCCUCAAACACCAGCUCGAGACCCACUACCGUGUCCAUACAGGUGAGAAGCCAUUUGAGUGCAAGCUUUGCCACCAGCGCUCCAGGGACUACUCGGCCAUGAUCAAACACCUGCGCACCCACAACGGCGCCUCACCGUACCAGUGCACCAUCUGCCUGGAGUACUGUCCCAGCCUCUCCGCCAUGCAGAAGCACAUGAAGGGUCACAAGCCUGAAGACAUCCCCCCAGACUGGAGAAUAGAGAAGACUUACCUGUACCUCUGCUAUGUCUGAGGAUGGGUAGGGCACAGAAGGGGAGGGGGAGUGGGAAGGAAUCACAGUCAGCUUGUCACUGUGGUGGAAAUGGACUAAGAAGGCAAAUAGGCACAUUUGUCACAGGGGCUGGGCAAGACAGAAUGGGAAAGGAUGAAAUAUAAAAAAAGGCAUAACGUUAAAAACAAACUCUUACCCCGUCAGUAUCGCAGUAUCUGUUCAUAGUAUAGUACGUCAGUCGUCAGCUUAUGUCCCAGGCAAGUAAAGGGAUAGUUCAUGCAAAAACAAAAAUUCUGUCGUCACUGACUCGCCCUAAUGUUGUUUCAAACCUGUAAGGUUUUAUUUCUUCCAUGGAACACAAAAGGAGAUGUUAGGCACAAUGCUAGUCUCAGUCACUAUUCACUUUCAUUGCAUUUUUUUCCAUACAAUGAAAUUGAAGGGUGACUGAGGCUGUCAGGCCCUAACAUUCUGCCUAUCAUUUCCUUUUGUUUUGAAAGACAGGAAGAGAAAGUCAUAUGGGUUUGGAACAAUAUAAGGGUAAAUAAAUGAAAAAAAUUUUUUGCAUGAACUAUCCCUUUAAAUAUCCAAAUAUGCCUUUAUAUCAGUCACAAUAUUUCACCCUUUGACUCACUCUAAAAAGACGCCCUCUACUGGUACAUAAUAGUAUAACUGUCUUCCACUGUAAAUGAGACAUUGUACCCUCUCCUUGUUUAUCUCUGAUAGCUGAUCUUCUUUUAUCAGAGUAAUUGCAACAGAGGAGUCAGUGCACAAAGCACUUAGAUCUGUCAGUAACGAUGCACUAGUCGGGUACACAACAGCAAAUGUGAACUGUCAUGUUCAUCAGAGUUAUUACUGCAAACUGGGACAUAAGCUUCACACAAAACACAAUCAUAAUGCCUGGCUGACACUUGGUGGGUAGAUCCCUCCCAUCUCCCAUAUGAUUCACAUUCAUUAAGGGCUUAUUGGUUUAACCAGCAAACAAAUCAGCUAAGCUCUCAAUAAUCUGCUCAUCAAUGUCUUCAUUUUUAUUAGUUUUUUUUUUAUGCAUAAUCUUUGGUUCCUUGGCCUAGUCUCAUAGCUUCAUACUGCAUAUUACAAGCUCACGAUGACAGUUUUUGUUUGAUAUUUCCUUUCAAGUUUAUAUUGAUCAAAAUAACCCAUUUAUGCACAAUGUACAUGUUUGUUUUUCACUCUUCAUUUAUCUCACGUUUAAGUCUACGUCUGGUCUGAAAAUCAGUUCAACACAUAGUAAUCGUUACGGUUUGAUUACUUUGAUUUGAGUAACUUGGCAAUACAUAGAGAACAUCCAUUUCACACUAGACAUCGAAUCAACUGUUUAUGUUGUUGUUAUAGAGACCAAAAUGAUGACUAAAGCUGCUUUUUCCAGUGGCUUGGAGACAGAUUGGACAUGACAUACAGGGCUCGUCCGCACAUAUCUAAAUGUUCAGUGAUUCGAGGCUUGGUCUGUCCAUGAGAGAACCGAACAGAUCAACUCUUUUGUUUUGUUCCUGUGCUAUGUAUGUGUUUCCUAUUUUACCUUGAUUAACUUCAGCACAUUGUACUUGAAUUACCUCGUUUUUUGUGACCUCGUGCUAGUGGGUUAAUUUUUCCUUAGUUUUUUCUUGUUUUAUAUUUGAUUCGUUUGCUUGUGUUCGUCUUACUGCAAAGUCAAGCAGCGGAGAUUUAAAAAGCAGCGAGUACUUGAGGACUUAAGAAAUUAAGUGCCAUGGUGAAGAGAGAUGAUUUGCCUUUUCGUUAACAUUGUUUGUGUUUUAAUCUUACCAAACUUGGUAUUAUGUUUUUGUUUUGUUUUUUUGUUCAUUUUUUUACUAACCCUGCUUGUUGAAGAGCUUGUGGGUUUGAUCAUUUUUUAAGCUACCUCUAAGUUUUUUUUUUUUUUUGUCUGUUUGUUUGUUGUUGUUUUUUUGCAUAAGCACAUUCAUUUGUGUUUGUGUUAUUGCAACUUCAUCUCACACUUUCAAGUGUUGUCUUUUCACAUUUGUAUGCGACAAGCAUGAAAGGGUAAGAUAUGUGAGAACUGGUUAUAGGAAAAGUGUAAAAAAAAUUAAAAGAAGUAAAACUUUCCCUAUCAGUCCCCACUGACCCCUAUAAACUUUACCUUAAGAGCAGACAAGAGAUUUUUGAAGCCUUAAGUUUGGGGUAGGAGUUGAACGGGGAGGUGUGCGUAUGUUACAGGUGAAUUGUAGUACUUCAAAGUUUGGGGGGAAAAAAACAUUAAACUUGAAAAUAUGUGAAUAGAAUUGUAGUUUUGUAAUGUGAAAAAAGAAGGUUCGCAGAGUGUGAACCGCCAAGAACAGGUCAUAUGCAGCAGUGCAUUGUUGUGCGUUGGACAAUUGGGAAUGCAAGUUGUAAUCAAAGCCGAAAGGAAGAAAAAAAAUUCAAUCCUGUCAGUCGACAUGUUUCUUUAUAUGAGUGUAGUCCUGAGCAAGAGCCAGCAGAGGCCAUUUGAUAUAUAAAAUUGUGAUAUUUUUGUAUUCAGUGUCGGUCCCUUUUUCCAUUUGUUGAGGUUUCAGCGGGGCAAAACUUUGUAGGUUUUUUUUACAUCAUUACUCUCUCAUUUGAAUCGUUUGCCUUUGCUCCUCUUCAGUAAUGGUGGACAGUGUGUGAUCCUAUAGUGAUAAAUGUUGCUUUCUGGAUGUCAAUACAUUGCAGGUGAAGGACUAAAUCAGCCACAUACUCCUUUUGUGAAAAUAACAAGAAAAAAAUGAUGUGAUGCCAAUGAUGAUUACAUUGCACACAAUAUCUCAAACAGUGAUGUUGCCAACUUUUUGUUUUUGUACUUGAAGUGACUAAAAAAAGAAGGGAUGGGGAGAUGCAUCAAAGGAAAAUGUAAUUGUUGUGUGUCUUGCCAUUGUUUUCUGGAAAACACUGUGAGUUUGGGGGACAUAUCAUAUCCCUGUGAGAAGUAAAAAUAAGUAGCGCCACGAUUAAGGCUGAAAUCUAUAUUUUCUGUGAAUGGCUAACGUCAACUGAUAUAAAAUGGGUAAAACAGAGUUUGCAAUAUGUGGCAACAAUACAAGAUAUUAUGUCACAUACCAGUGUCACUGUUCUCAAAAAAUUAAAGUUUUACUUUUUUGUUUUUGUAGUGUGUGUGUGUAUGUGAGAGCACAUUAGUGUCAAAUGCACUAAUCCGAAAGUAAUGUGCUUUACCACUUUUCUCUCAUGGUGAUUAAAAAACAUUGGCAUUGAUGUAGUUCUUCCCUCAAUGAUCUUAUGACGUUUAUGUAAUAUUUUUGUGCCUAAAUGAACCUGUUGUUCAACAGAUUGUCCACAUAUAUCUGCUUAGUUUCUGUAUUUUCAAAUGAUUAUUGGUGUCUUCAGGGCUCCAGGGAUGUCAUGAUGAUCUCAGAAUUGGAAAAGAGUAUCCUCACUUAAAGGGCUUGACAAGGGACCGAGCCAAGAGAAAGUGAGGUUGUUUUUUUUAUUAUUAAUUGCCAUAUGGUAUUUUUCAUUGGUUCCGCUGGCGACUGAUCAAUGCUGAAGUCCUGUAGUGUUUUAUACACAAUUCAAGAAGAAAAGUUACGUAAACAAGCUAAACAUUCCUUGGAUUGGAAUAUGUGAAUUUUUACAAUGAAUAUCCUGCUUCGAAGGACAAAAAAAAAAUCACGUUUGAGAAUCAAACUUUCUUUGACUUCCUUGUUUUUCCACCUCAGCAACGGGUUUGCUGAUUAAACCUUUUAACAACAUCCCUUUAACGUUCUGUUGGAUGUUGAUGCGAUGUUACUGCCCCUUCUCAACAUGUUUAUUUGUUGAUUAAAGUACUUAUUUUAAGGAAACAGUAAGCCAAGUGUCAUCAUUGCAUCCCUGGAGUUGGCUCACUGUGUUUCAGUGUGGUGUUCUAUAGAAAGAGUAGCCAUUUCAUGCUGUGUUGCCAUGCAUGUGUCAUUGAGGUCAAAACUAAACUGUUUGAGUAACAAAGCACCAAGACAUUGUCUUUAUAUAUAUAUAUAUAUAUAUAUAUAUAUAUAUAUAUAUAUAUAUAUAUAUAUAUAUAUAUAUAUAUAUUUGCACUGAGGACCAAUUGCCCUGACGGACCAAGCGUUACAAAGCUUUUUAUGUAACAAAGCAGUUUCUCUCUCUCUAGCUCUUUUCUCCCUUUUUUCAUUCUCUCUCUGCCCAUCCUCUUUUUUUUCUAUUCCCUCUCUCUACUGUGUCUCCCUCCUCUCUGGCUUGUCUGUGAUUUAUUUAAAAAAAAUAAUUCUUGUGACAGCACAAGUGCCAGUCCAGUUGCUCUUUAAAAAAAAAUAGUGUUUUGUUGUGGGGUUUUUAUUUUCAUUGUUAUUAUUAUUAUUUGAAUUGUUAUAGUUACGUCUACCUCAGCACCAAAUCUUAGCCUAAUCUUAGAAGGUGCCCAAUUAUUAUUUUUAUUUCUUUCUGUUUGUUGACAAUUGUAAAAAAAUAAUAAUUUGCUUUAGAGCUUUGCAAAAGGUCCUUUGUCUUCUCCAGCAACAUGCUAUUUUAUUUGUAGCACAUUCUGGGUGUCGUGCUACAGAUAUUGGCAUCAGUUUCCUGAUGUAGUCUUUCUUUCGGUGUAGGAUCGUGCACAUCUCUUUGUAACAUUUCAGUGUUCUCUGAUGGAGUGUGAAAAAAUAAAGAAUUUAAAGAGAUUGAAUGCUGCAGGUUUUCUUCUCAGUGUUGUCACUAUGUAAAUUUUGUGCCUUUUAAUAGUGAAAGAUAUUUUUUACAUCCUACUAACAGUAGAUUGUUUUUGUAGUGAUUUGAUUUUUCUUUUGUAUUUUUUAUUUAUGAGUCUCAAAAUAACAAUGUUCAGUUGUAUUCCUAAAAUCUGCAGUUAGAAAAAAAAUAAUAAAAA